CUCUAUCCUUUCCGUCUGGAGUUACCCGGAGACCUCUCGCUACGUUCGACGAUGUUUCAUUUGCGGAGUCUGGUGCUCUUACUGGGUGUUUUGACCACUUCCAACGCAGAACUAUUCCUGCCUGUUAGUGUAGUCGGAUGUGGAACGAUAAAGGGUUGCCUUUUUCCUCCAAUAUGUACAGACUCCUACUGUGAAUUCAUGGCAACUUGGAAGUUGGUCACACACAAUGCCGAAGAUUACGUUGAAUUCGAGCUUAGGGGAAAGCUGAAUGAUCCAGGUGGUUUUCUCAGCCUGGCAUUUUCUGAAGACAAAAAAAUCAGCACAGCUGGUGUGGUUGGAUGCUAUCACCACGCAGCCACUGGAACUGUGCGUGCCCGGGCCGGAUACAACAGUGGGAAAACUAACACUUUCUACACUGGACCGGAUACGGAAUUAUUGAUUUCGGAAGGCGACAAUUUGGGUGGGACUUACAAUCCCGCUGACAAGGUGCUCCAAUGUCGUUUCCGACGCCGCGUGAGACCGCGCGAUAUGGUGCUCCAGUUAAAGGAUUUGAGCGAACCUAAUGCCUAUUACCUGACAAUCACGCGUGGGAAUGAUGUACUUCCGAGCGGGUUUUCUCGACCUUUCGCCGGGGGAGAAGCAACAUAUGACAGUAGCGUCUUAAUCACUUCCCCGAUCUACGGAAGCAUGACUGUUAUCUCGGAGCAAGGUUCGGCUCUGAUGAAGACCCACGGCUGUCUUAUGGUGCUUGCCUGGGUACUGUGUGCCAGCAUCGGCGUCAUUCUAGCUCGCUACUACAAAGAACUUUGGCCGAAUUCGGGUCUGCUUGGCGAGAGAGUGUGGUUCCAGUCUCACCGAAUUCUACAGUUUUCUUGUGUCAUUCUUACAUGCAUCGCUAUCAUCCUGGCUUUUAUCUAUUGCGAAGGUUACUCCCGUGUGUCUACGUUCCCUCAUUACGUGCAUCCGAUUCUUGGACUGAUCGUAUUCUGCCUUGCUCUCCUGAACCCAUUGAUCACAUUUUGCCGAUGCAAAGUUGACCAUCCUGAUCGUCCCUGGUUCAACUGGAUUCACUUCUUCAUCGGGACAUUCGCACACGUCUUGUCCGUGCCGACAAUGAUGUUGGGAUUGAGGAUGCCGGCAGCCGGUUUCCAGCUACAAUUUCUCAAUUAUCCAUUGUGGAUUCUCAUAUUCUUUGUCAUCUUCCAAUUUUGCAUCGAAUUGAUCCUGGAGAUCCACGGAUGUAUGUACUAUAAUCGUAACAAAAAUAAACGUCGUGAGUAUAUGCGGGAGCUGACCCAAUACCAUGCUGGUGUGCGUACUGCGCUGGGUCCGAGAUCGAAGCCUCCGGAACCUGAACCAUCGGGUCGCAUGUUCAAGUAUUUCAUCAUCGGCUUGCACUCCACCGUUUGUGCGAUCGUUGCAAUCAUUUUGGUGAUCGCCAUUGCCGUGAAUUAAUCAGCACGAAAACUGGUUGUUGGUGCAACAGAAAACGGGACGGAGAGCGAACGCUUUCUUAUCUAACCAGUUAUCUUUGACCAUUUUUUUCACCCCUCAUCUGUCAAAACUCUCGUCGGAUAUUUCCCCUUCAACCGACGCACUCUUGUUGUCCGCUUAGGUGUUCAUUUUAUUCGAGCCCCUCUCCCUCGAUCUCGCGCCACUAUUUAGUUGAUCUAACGCAUUUAAACUUGAAUCGUAUCUUAUGUUUCUGCUGGAUGGCUGUUGCUAACACAUUUUGCUUGAUCGCGUACAACAUAUGCAGUCAUUCGCACCUCUUUCUACUCGCACAAGGGUUAUGGACUAUCAAAUUUUCUGACGCUUUUUAGCUAAUGCAAGUGCUCUUAUUUCUUGGAUUAUCGUCUGAAGCCCAGGUCGACUCCACUUACCUACCUACUUAUUCAUAUAUACAUAUCUAUAUUAUUAGCAUUUAACCUAUCUCUCUCUCUCUCAUAUUUGUCUCUAGUGCCUUCUAGGUUUGCAUGCUUUGUUCCAUUGUAUUUUCCGCUGAGUGGGCGAAGUUCAGUUAUUUUCUUUCGUUCUAUUUUGUCAGGAUGUGAAGACGCAGAGAUUAUGAGCAAUGUUGGGCGACUAUGUUAAUGCUUACUUUAUGUUUUCUUGAGUAGACCGUGUUCGCUAUUUCCUCUUAAAUGGCGUGCGAAUUCCUGGGCUUUCGCCGUAAUAACUUUAUUAGAAUGAUGAGAAUUGUCAUAUCAACAAUUGUAAAUGAUUUAAUACCGU